CGCGCGUUCUUGUGUUGUCUGCCGACUCGACUGACGUCACCGCUGGAACUGGCCUGUCACGCGCUGUUAGUAAAAGUUGGGAUAGGAGCUCGAGACGGAGAGCAGCAGCGAAUUUACGGACGAGCUCGAUCAACGGUCGCGUUGACGCACAACGCUCAUCCCCACCCCCACCCCCCUUCACGCCACAGGCGAAAAGUUCAAGCCGCUGGGAGUUCGCUGAACCUCCGCAGAAGGUCGAACUGUUUGGAUUAUUGUGAGAGAGAAGCGAUUAUAUUUUUGCCCGGGCUUAGAGAAGUAACAUUAGAGCACGGAGAAAAAGUUUAAAAGUUUUGCCUUUAUCGUUAGUCAAUGUAGUGAGUUCAUUAAAGAGUCGGCGUUCUUACACGGGUGAGCCCGAGCUGUCAAACCCGAUGACUACUGCAAACUGCCCCGGGAAUGAAGAGCUGGACUUCAGAUUGAUCUUCGGGGAGGACGGGCAGCAGCCGCCGCUAGGCCCCGCAGCACCUGAUCUGAUAUUGAUGUCAUCAACAUGCACACAGACACACAGACACACUGCAGCAGAUCUAGAAACGGAUGAAAACACAUCAUUUUACAUCCUCAAUGUGGGGCAACCUCAUUCAGUGGUCAACCAAUCAAACAGUCUCCAGCGGCAUGGAGGCCCACCCCCAGCCACCUCCCCCUCCCUGCAGGCCUACCACAAGGCCUAUGAGCCCAGCUAUGAGCUCCAUGACUCUAAAUACACACCCACAGGCGUGGGCAGAGGAGGGAACGGCCCACCAAAGGCCUUUGAAUGUCCCAGCAUCCAGAUUACUUCCAUCUCCCCAAGCUGCCAGCAGGAGAUGGAGACCAACGAGGAUGGGAUGAGAGCAAAUGGUCAAGAUGGAGACUACCACGACAGACCUCUGUCUCGAGACCACCUCUACCUGCCUCUAGAUCACUUGUAUCGUGAUUCAUCCCUGAGCCCUAGCCCAUGUAGCAGCCUUUCCUCUCGUAGCUGGUUCUCAGACGCAUCGUCCUGCGAAUCCAUCUCGCAUGUAUAUGAUGAUGUGGAUUCAGAGCUAAAUGAAGCAGCAGCGCGUUUCACACUGGGCUCGCCGCUCACCUCGCCCGGCUGUUCUCCACAGACUGGACCACAGGAGGAAGUGUGGCAACAGCAGCAGCAUCAUCACCAUCACACGGCCUUCACUCACUCCCUUUCUCAUUCGCAUGGCCAUUCUCUCUCGCCCCGCCAGUCGCCUUGCCACUCACCCCGUACCAGCAUCACAGAUGAGAACUGGCUAAGCCCUCGCUCACCCUCACGGCCCUCUUCACGUCCUACAUCGCCGUGCGGAAAGAGACGCCACUCCAGCGCUGAUAUAUGUUAUCUGGGCUCUUUAUCACCCCAUCACUCCCCAACUGCCACGCCUGGCCCCUCGCCCAGGGGCAGCGUGACCGAAGACUCCUGGAUAGGAAGCCCGUCUAUGGGAGUGUCCUCAUUCCAGUGUUGUCCCUCUGAGGCUGACAUCCCCUCUAAGACAAGAAAGACAUCCCAGGACUGUUCAGGAGCACUCCAGUCAGGAAAGGGUGACCUAGGCAUGGAUGACUCUGGGAAUGUAUCUCCUUUGCUUGACUCACCUGCUGAAGAAGCCAUGCACGGAUUAAAGAAGGAUGGAUCUGGAGAGCAGUUUCUUUCUGUCCCAUCUCAUUUCACAUGGAACAAACCCAAACCAGGACACACACCUAUUUUCAGGGCAUCAUCCCUGCCUCCCCUGGACUGGCCAUUACCGAAUCAGUAUGGGCAGUAUGAGCUAAAGAUCGAGGUUCACCCCAAAGCUCAUCAUCGAGCUCAUUAUGAGACCGAAGGCAGCCGAGGGGCCAUCAAAGCCAAUUCUGGGGGACACCCUGUUGUCAAGCUCGUUGGCUACAGUGAGAAGCCUGUGAACCUGCAGAUGUUCAUCGGGACAGCGGAUGACCGUUAUUUGAGGCCGCACGCAUUCUACCAGGUUCACCGCAUAACAGGAAAAACUGUCGCUACGGCAAGCCAGGAAAUUAUCAUCACCAGCACGAAGGUUCUCGAGAUUCCUCUCCUUCCUGAGAACAAUAUGUCUGCCAGUAUUGAUUGCGCUGGAAUCCUGAAGUUGAGGAACUCUGACAUUGAGCUGAGGAAAGGAGAAACUGAUAUUGGACGGAAAAACACUCGGGUCCGUGUGGUGUUCCGGGUUCACAUCCCACAACCCAAUGGAAAAGUGCUCUCACUGCAGGCUGCUUCAAUUCCAGUGGAGUGCUCUCAGCGCUCAGCACAGGAGUUACCUCAGGUCGAGAAAGCCAGUAUUAGUAGUUGCCCGGUGAGUGGAGGAGAGGAAAUGACCAUCACUGGGUCCAACAUCUUCCCUGAGUCAAAGGUCAUUUUUCUGGAGAAAGGUCCAGACGGACGACCGCAGUGGGAGGUGGAGGCAAAGAUCAUAAGAGAGAAGAGUCAAGGAUCCAGCAUCGUGGUGGAAGUGCCUCCUUAUCACAGUAAGACGGUCACUUCAGCAGUGCAGGUGCAGUUCUAUGUGUGCAAUGGCAAACGGAAAAGGAGCCAGUCACAGCGCUUUACCUAUCUGCCAGUAAGGGUCAAGCAGGAACAUCGAGAUGAUCUGGACUCCCCUGCUGUGCCACCCAUGUCCAUGUCUCUGGUCCAUGCUGCCAGUUUGGUCUGUGCUCAGCCGCUGUCCUCCCCAGAGCACUCCCACCCACCAGACGGCCUUCUGUCCAGCUCACCACGUGGCCUGGCUGCAGGCCUGCACCCUCUUCAGGCCCCCUGCGCCCCGAUGGGCUCCCCAACUCUUCCCCACCUGCCUCACCUUCAGGCUCAAGGACUGAAUGCACCUCCUGAAUGCCAGAUGCCCUUCCACCCAGGCCCUGCUGCCACUGCCAGGCCAUCUUACCCACCCAUACAACACAACAUGCCCUUCAACGGCCAACACAGUCUUCCUAUGACUGCGGGCUCCCCACAGGCAUAUGAGCGAAUGCCCUUUCAGGCCGACCCGGCUGGGUGUCAUACCCUAAGUAUGGGGAUGGUGUAUGGCCCGGCUUCUUCAACACCCGCCUCUGGAGUGCCUUCGGGGCCUGGCUCCAGCCCCAGCCAUGCAGCCUGUACCGGUAGCAGCCAGGUCAUGGCCCACUCUGCCCCUCACCUUCACUCUCUAGGCUAUCACUGCCCCACUCCAGGGCAGGUCCCAUCACCCACCCACACACUGGGACAGCCGUCCCCACAGCUCCAGCAUCCUCUGGUUUACCAUCCAGCCGGGCAGCAGUCUGCUUCCUGCCCCACACCCCCCAGUGCUCCUGCUCAUAUGGUGUCAUCUCCCCACUCCGGGCCCUCGUCCCCCCAGCUCCAUUCCCUCCCCUACCACUCACCCACCUCCCCAUCUCCUACAUCCAAUAGCCCCCUGGGGCCCAUUGCACUCUCUGGACAGCCUUCUCCCCAGGCUACCAGCCCUGUCUUGGCUGGCUUGUCCCCUUCAGGUCCCUUGGUGCACCCUAUGACCCAACAGGGAGAGAGGCUGAACAUCAAGCAGGAGCCAGAGGAUAGAGAGCCCACCUUCCGGACCAUCGGCCUGCAAGAUAUUACGCUUGAUGAUGUGAAUGAGAUCAUAGGCAGGGACAUGUCCCAGGCCCCAGAGGCUCAUGGGGGCUCGCCAGCUGCACACAGUCAAUCCUAGCCCACAACACACCCUUCAGUCUCUCAGACCGUCUUCCCAGGACUCCAGAGCCAGUGUCAAACUACCCUUCGUAGCGUGGAUCCAGAAGCACUUUGAGCGACAAUCAUUGCUUCCACACACAAACAGCCGGGAGAGCUGGGGUUAUAGAUUGUACGCAUACACACAAAAUCAGGUGUACUGUACACAUACACACACACAGGCGUGCUUGAGUGGGAGUAAACUAGGAUUGGUGGUGUUCUCCUGGAAAUAAAACCAAUAAUGCAGGGCUCUCUGGCAGCAUGAUGUAUUAUUAUUUGUAGCUGGCAGAUUCACCAUGCAGUGGAGCACCUCAUCCCUGACCGGGAUAUACAGUACACUGCAUACAUAGAUGAGGGGUGCUCGAAGCGUGAUAGAUGCCCACGUCACAUAUUUUUACCAGCGAAAACUCUGCCUUUUUUCUGACAGUUCUCCCAGUGCUGCCCUGUAGUGGACGGGCUCUUCUAGUGAAGAUAUGCAACAUUCCACGUCUAGUGACCUUUCUGAGCUGUAGAUAAUGUGUUUAAUGAUCGGCCCAUUUCCACUUCAGGUUGAACAAAUGCCUUAAGUAGUAGCUGUGAUUUUGAACAGGCUUUGUGCAAACAAUAUAUAUAUAUAUAUAUAUAUAUAUAUAUAUUUUUUUUUUUUUUUUUUUUUUUUGAGGACGACGAUGACACGGUUGAAUCCAGUGGUUGGUAUUUUAUACUUAGAAACUAAAGGAGCUUCAUCUUUUGUUCUGGAGUGCUGUGGAUCGUGUUGAAUCUUAUUAUAACUUUUAUUUGCUUUAAAAGUCAAAAGAAUUGUUCUCAGACUCUAAAGAUAACAUACAUGUUUUGUAUAGUUGCAUGGGAAGAUAAACUCAUGACCUUAGACUAAAAAGCUCAUGUGUGUGUGUGUAUAUAUACACUCACACACUGUAUGUGGGCUUCAUGUGCAUUGAACUCAAACACAGUAAUACGCUGACUAUGCUGAGACUCGCUUUGUGCCUUUGAUUAGAUAAACAGAUAUGCAUAAACAACUGCAUUGGACAAUUCAAACAAAACUCAUUGCAGGUUUGAUGUCAGGGAAAUAACUAUAUUUAAAAGAUUGAAUUAUUAUUUGUAUUUUUUUAAAAGGUUGCAUCCUGACAAUCAACAUGUCUUACUAUAGAAUGUACCAUAGGAUCCCAAACCCCUCACUCGGCCCAUCUUAGACCAUGCUGCUGCUCAUUUUCACUCACGAUUGGCUCUCUGUGUGGAGUGAGCAGGUUUCUUCUGUACUUCACUCACUGGGACGGACACUGCCAGAGAAAACAAAUCUGAGUUUCUUUUGGCUCCAUGCCUUAAAUUUUGCCUUUCGAUUUUCUUAGGAAAACUGGCACAAAUCAAUUAAGACAUUGUUUUUUUUUUCCCCUGUUAUUUUUCAUUCUUUGAGAUGUAUAGCUGUAACCAUGACUGUUAAUUAUGUUUUGAAUUUUUUUUUGUUUUUGCUAUGCACUAUAAACUUGCCUUCAGCCUUUAAGAUUAAAAAAAAAGAAAAGAAAAAGAAAACCUUGAUGCCUCUAGACUAGUUUAACUGUAAAGACGCUUCUUCGUAGAGUAGUACGCCAGACAGGAGUUCUGUGUGUCAAGAUGUGUCUGUUCAUGCUCAAAGCAAGCGUCUUAAAGGUUUUGUGCAUAUGCGCUUAUGUCAGUUUGUGUCCAGAGAAUUGUAGAGAUUUGUUUUGUAUCUUAAAAAACCUUUUUGAAUUUAAAUGGUGUAAAAGCACAUUGAUACAUUAGGCUAUGCAAGGACAGAUGAUAGGAUGGUGUGAUAUUUUCAAACAUACAAAUAGCAGGUUUGUUUGUUAGUCUUGCAUCUAUACAGUAAGUUUAUGUAAAUCCUUACAUAUAGUGACAGGUGUUUUCAAUGCCACUUUGACUAUUUAAUUGAAACUAUCAAAUAUACAGUAGGAAACCCUUAACUUGUGUUCAAAUGCAACGUUAGAGAAUGUGUCAUAAGGUUUAGGUUUGAUUUCGGUUUAGUGUUUUUUGAGAAUCAAGACAAAUACAAAAACAAAAAAAACACAUGGAUGGAAGGGGAGUUCUGGGAUGAAGCAGGUUCCCUAGAUAAGCACCUAUUCUCAUUCUCUAGAAACCAAAGAUCGAACAAUGUGUUCCCAUUUUACCUACAGAUGACGAUGCAAACACCAGAACUCUAUUUUUGAUACUCUGAAAUGGAUGUCAUUCCUAAAGUUUGGGUAGCUUGAAUGGUUUGUAAAAUAAAAAGUACAGGUUCAGUUGAUGUUUACGGAGCCUUGUAUUGUCAUGUCAUGUACAUUUUGUAUUUAACAUUUUGUAAUUUCUAAGACUGCAGUGCUUUUUGAAAUUAUUCAAAGGGAACACCGUGCGGCAUAGGCUCUUUUGAGGUAGUGUAUCAAUAAAAAGAAUAAAUGCAGAAA